UUUAGCACUAUAAGUUCGAAACUCUGCUAAAGCGAAAAAAUAAAAGCCAAAAUGGGGAAAAAGGGGGUUAACAAGUUAGCCAAGAUGUCGGAUGAGGAGCGGGUGCGCUACCUUCAGCACCGCGCUGACAUGGAGGAGGAGGCUCGUCGGAGGAAGAGGGAACUCAUCGCGAGAUUCAUCAAGAAUAAAUUGGAUAAAGAAGAAGCUUACAGUCGAAUGAACACGGCAAAAAUAAACCAAGAGUGGAGAUAUAUUUUACGAAAAGUAAAAUGUAAGCAAAUGGCACUGGAUAUUCAGGGGAUGGUAUCCAGCUUCAACUUCAUGAUCGAGCGCAAAGACCGCCUCCUGAAAUCUCUGGUGAAAGCCAUCGAGGACUCCGACGAUCAGCACAGACGGGCAUUUCAAGCGCACACGGAGACGCUGAGUUAUUUCCUGAAUAUCGGCACUCGGCGUUUAGACAAACUUCAAGCAGAAUAUGAUUUGCAAAAGAAUACUCUUCUAGAAAACUGGGAUAAGGAAGAGUUGGAUAUUAACGAAAAACAAGAACGCGCAGAAUUCAAGCUGAAAAUCAUAACUUACAAACAAGAUUGUGACUUUCAGGCCUUUAAGAAAGAAAUGGAGCUGCUAAGGGCUACAGCCAAGAAUGAUGCUAGGCUAGAGCAUGAAGAAGAAUUGCGCAGUUUCUGCCGCCCAAAGCAGCUAGAGAUUGAGGGAUACUGGGUUAAACUUCGGGAUGUGUACAAUGGUUACUUGGAGAAACAUAAUCCCAUCAUGGCGCACUAUCAGAGUCUAAGAGAGAAGGAUGAUUUCUACCGACGUGAUAUUGCCCGAAACGAUGCUCAUAUACAACAGACAGCGGAAAACCUAAUGAACCUACAAAAAGAGUGGGUGCGAAAUACCAAUACCAUAGCUAUGAAGUUGAAAAAGAUGGCGCAACAUAAGGAAGAAUUGUCCAAACGUUAUUGGCAGUUAAAAAAGCACUCAAAACAGGAGCUGAAUAAGGGUGGGGAAAGGCUGGCCCUUAUGGUGGAUGCUAGUCAAGGAGCGAUUAAGCGUAUGGAAGAAGUCAAAGAGAAAUUAGAUAAAAUUUUACAAAUGGAAGAGAUAUGUCGCAAAUUCGAGCACACGGACGACGAGGUUGUAAAAGACUCUGAAAGCGACGAUGGAUUUUUGUCAUUAGAGUUCCAAAACUUGGAUGGUGCGAUGAUUAAAGAAUGUAAGGAAUACAGCAAAAUGGAGAAGUUUAUUUUGAAGGCAAACCGUGUGAAGGUACAAACGCUUUGUCUGAAGGCAGAGAAAGCUAAGUUAGUCAAGGACAAUACACAGCUUAAGCUUUAUAUUAAGAGAUAUUUAACAGAACUGGCGCUAAGGGGCGUGGAUAGACCUCUCAGUGUGAAAAUACAGGGUGUCCAGAAGAUAGAUGGAACUGGAAAAGUGUUAAAUCGUCCAGUGACUUGCAUAGAAGGAGCCUUGUCUAAUGCUGUACAACAUGAAAAGCGUAUGAGGACAUUAGACAAGAAAAACAAAGAGAUAGGUGGAGUGAGGGCAUACCCCAGAGUUCAAUGCUGGAUGUAGUGUUUUAAUAAUGUAAUGUAAUAGAAAUAGCACAUCUUUAUGUUGAAUAGUUUGAAAACAAC